CCUGCUCUUCUCUAGCCGGUGGGGACAGGAAGCGGACUUUGUUCCUAACUCUCCCUGCUUAACACCAAUAUCCGUUAGGGACAACGUUAAAACUCGUGUAUUUUUUCCCCUUUUACCCCACCGUCAACAGUUAAGGCUCUGAGAAGAGGCGUUCUCGUGACCACCAGGUGACAAUAGCCAUGAAGUGGGGCUGGGUGUUUUUGGGGGUCUUCCUCUCCUUGGGGGCCCUGUCCUGGGGGGAGAAGGGCUUGGAAAUCCCCGAGUAUGAUGGCAGAGACCGCGUUCAUGCCCUCAACGCCAAGAACUACAAGUCCAUCAUGAAGAAGUACGACGUGAUGGUGAUCUACUACCACAAAAAUGUGGAUGGAAACCGCAAUGCCAUGAAGCAGUUUCAGAUAGAAGAGCUGGCGUUGGAGUUGAUCACAAGUCAAGCAGCAAUUUUUGUACAGCUUGCAGCCCAAGUUCUUGAUGAUCUUGAUGAUGAGGACAUUGGAUUUGGCCUGGUGGACGAAAAGAAGGACAGUGCUGUUGCCAAGAAGCUUGGUCUGGAUGAGGUAGAGAGCAUCUAUAUCUUUGCCGACAAUGAGAUCAUUGAGUACGAUGGAGAGCUGGCUUCUGACACUCUGGUUGAGUUCCUCUAUGAUGUGAUUGAAGAGCCCGUGGAGAUCAUUGACAACGAGCGUGAGCUCAAGGGUUUCCACAACAUCGAUGAGGUCAUCAAGCUGGUCGGUUAUUUCAAGAGCGAGAAAUCUGCUCACUACAUUGAGUACGAUGAUGCUGCUGAGGAGUUCCACCCCUUCGUCAAAUUCUAUGCCACAUUUGACCCCAAGAUCGCCAAGAAACUGAAGCUUAAGAUUAAUGAAGUUGACUUCUACGAGCCAUUCAUGGAGGAAUCCGUUACCAUUCCAGGAAAGCCCUACACUGAGGCUGAGCUUGUUGAAUACAUUGAACAGCAUGACAGGCCAACUCUGAGGAAACUUGAGCCUCACAGCAUGUAUGAGAUCUGGGAGGAUGACAUUGAUGGAGAGCAUAUCGUUGCCUUUGCUGAGGAAGAUGACCCAGAUGGUUUUGAGUUCCUGGAAAUCCUGAAGGAGGUGGCACGUGAGAACACAGAUAACCCUAACCUCAGCAUCAUCUGGAUCGACCCUGACGAUUUCCCCCUGCUGGUUCCAUACUGGGAGAAGACCUUCCGCAUUGACCUCUCUUCUCCUCAGAUUGGUGUGGUUGAUGUUGAAGAUGCUGACAGCGUGUGGCUGGAGAUGGAUGACCAAGAUGACAUGCCCACAGCUGACGAGCUGGAGCAGUGGGUUGAGGAUGUUCUGUCUGGAAAGAUUGACCCAGAUGAUGAUGAUGAGGAGGAGGACGACGGUGAUGAUGACGACGAUGAUGAUGAUCACGAUGACGACGACGACGAUGAUGACGAUGAUGACGACGACGAUGAUGAUGAUGACGAUGAUGACGACGACGACGAUGAUGAUGAUGAUGAUGAUGACGACGAUGAUGAUGACGAUGAUGAUGAAUAAAUGUUUACUACCAUUCAGUUCACUAUGCUUUAGCCAGUAAUGGCAAAACCCAAAAGUAGUACAAGUUUUAGCAAACACACUUUUGUGUCAGUUCCUGCUUCCUGUAUGGUUUCCUGUAAGGGACAAAUUUAAUGACCCUAUGGGGAGCUUUUAAUGUCAGUCAGAUAGGGAGAUUUUUAAUGAAGCCAAGGGUUUUCAUCUCUGUAGACAAACAGGGUUGCAGCUUAAAAGGGUAGUGUGUUAUAUGUCCUUUGUUACGAAAUUAAAAUCUGCUCAUCUCUCACCUCUGAAGUUUACAAUGAAUGUAGCUAAGAGGCUAAUAGAGGCUAACUUCCUUGACAUUUUGUACUUAAUGUCACAGACAGUGGUUCACCUCUUUCUAAUAUUCUCCAAUUUAAUGUAAUCCUGUUUCAAUGACAUGUUUUCUACUGGAGAGGAGACAAAAAAACACUUUCUUGUAAUAUUUUUGAAGAGAAUAAACCUAAACUCACUGGACAGUCUUACGAUUAUCACAAUCUUCGAAAACUAUUCAGAGACUGGAUAGUACGAUUGCAAAAUGAUUUGUUUCUACUCUCAUA